AUGUCAACCUGCCUUUCACUGGAGUUAUUUGAUUACUCAAGUGCUCGUGCCAGCAUUUUUCAACUAUCAAACUUACUAGGCACCGAAUUCGAUGCCUAUAUAGGACUCAUAGCAAGUCAGAAGCUUCACACUGAACUUCAUGUUCUGGCAUUCUUGCUCAAAGAUCGGGUCUAUCCUAGUGAUCUUUGGGAAUUAGUUGGGGAGCGCAGUGUAGAGGCGAAGCAGGAGGAAAGGUUGCAAAGGCAUCAAUCCAUCUGUACCAGUGGGGAUAGCGCACGACAUGCGACUGUAGAGCGAUUUCUCAUGGAAGAGAGGAAGAAACGGUGUCAGAUGGAAGUUUCCUUGUACAGCCAAGCUAUUGAGUCAUUGGAACAACAUUGGAUGUCGCGUGUGGGAUUUCGAACCAAACAUAUCAUCAGGCCUCCUUCAUGCAUUAGCCCCUCAUUGCCCUUGUCGAGUACGUGGGUCACCAUUGACAUCCAAGAGGCCUUUCACCGCGCAUUCCAGGAAGAGCUGGACUUGCAAGCAGAGCUGAUGAUGGCGUCUCUCGCCACCAGGCGUAACAACGCCUAUCUGCGCAACCUUGGGCUGGAUUUGCUAAUCCUGCAGGCCAAGAUGCGCCGCGCGCAAGCUGAGAUAGAGCUCUAUAGCCUGGCCAUUGAAAACAUCCAUGGAUUCGAUCUCUCUGACAGCAGCUCAACAACAUCCUUCCGCCCAACCAUUUCAAAAUGUCUAUGUGAUACAGCGUCCCUCUACGAUGAGGACGUUGACAACGGCAUGGGGGGAUACGAAGAUUAUGAAGACUACGAAGACUACGAAGACUAUGAAGACUGCGAAGAUUGA